AUGGGGCCAACCCGUCACCCCACAGCUGGGCCGGGGCCAGUUGAGGAGCAAGGGGCCGACGCAGGCACAAGCCAGGGCAGGAGCAAGAAGCCGGGACCUGGGGCAGCUAUGGGGGUGGAGGGGGGGCUGCUGUGCCAGCUCCUGCGGUCUCCGGACUACAACCUCUUCCCCAGGUCGGCCGUGUUCGAGAGCAACUUCAUCCAGGUGACCAAGCAGGGGAACUGGGUGGACAUCCACAACUGCCCCACGGCUGUGACGCUGGGCGUGACGUCCUCUGACCCCUGCUUGCCACUGCCCAACGUGCUGCUCAUGGCCCGGUGGGAGGAUGCACCCCAGGGGCCGCUGGAGGAGACCCCCGUGGCGCUCAGCAGGUACAGAGCGAGGCUGCUGCCCCUGCGCUACGUGCGGCUGUCGGUGCAGGACGCGACGCGGCGGCUGCUGCGGCUGCGGGUGGCCACGGGCCCCGUGUACUACCUGCGCCUGCGGCCCGAGCACCCCGACGCCGUCUUCCGGCUCUGGGGCCGCCUGGCCGCCAUCCUGCGCCACGGCCUCUCCAUCACCUGCAAGGACCCCGCCGUGCGCCUGUCCCACAGCCUCGUGCCCAGCCCUGCCGGCUCCUCCAGCAGCUCCGAGUUUGCCUAUCCGCAAAAUGGGGACAAUGAUCCCAGCUGCUGUCCUGGGAUCCCUGAGCUCUCCUCCUUCUGGACUCUCGCCACCAAGGCCAAACCUCCAGCCAGGGACGAGGCCCCGGGUGCCCCCGGCCCCCCAGGAGGGAAGCUGAUGGUGUGUGAGAGGUGCCUGGGGCAGCUCCCGGAGCCUGACCCGAGCUAUGUGGGUGAGGAGGCCAAACCGAAGGGUGAGACCACACGCCACGGGCUCUGGCAGCGCGAGACUCCAUCUGGGCUCCUGCCGCUCUCCCGGCUCAGCAGCCUCAUCGCCGUGGGCCAGCGAUAG